CGAUGGACCUCGAGUCAACGACGCCACUCGUGCGCCGGCCAUCCCUGCAGGCGCUCGUCGCCAAGGCCGAGCCGCUCGUCGUGCAGAUCGACCCGGACUCGCCGUCGUACGGGACGCUGUCGCCGACGGCCGCGACGCCGGUCACUGAGAAGCGCAUGCGCGAAGUCGGCCUCAACGUCCUCGCCGGCGUCGUCGUCUUCCUCCUCUCGUCGACGAUCGCUGUCUCGUGCGCCAGCGUCGUUGUCGGCCACGACGGACCAUUGAGCAUGCACUUGGCCAAGGUCAUCGACAUGAACCUCCUCGGCACGUGCCUCAUGUGUCUGUACAUGAGCUGGAAAAGCCAAGCGCCAUGGGCCAUGGCCGCGAUCGACGUCUCUGUCGUGCCCGUCCUCGGCGAAAUGGCGCAGCACAUUACGAAGGCCCUGGACAACGACAUGACGACGGUGCUGCCAACGCUCUUUGUGGCCAUCGCGGUCGCAUCCAUCACGGUCGGGCUCUGCGUAUGCGCGGUCGGGCUGCUCCGCCUCUCGUCGCUCACGCACUACAUUCCGUUCCCAGUCAUCACGGGCUUUCUCUCGGGCAUUGGCGGUGUCUUGGUCAAGGACGGCAUGCACAUGGCAGCUCAAGAGAGUAUGUCAAUGACGCGCGAUUGCAUCCUCCUCGUGCUCCCCGCGCUCCUCUUUGCCACCGCGUCGCACAGCGCCGACCAUCUUCACGUACCACCGACGAUCUACCUGCCAUUGCUGCUUGUCGGGUCGGUCCUUGGCUUCCACCUCGUCGCAUUCAUUGGCGGCUACGAGACGAGCGCCAUGAUCUUUGACUGGACACCGACCAUGCUCGCCGAGACACCGCGCUGGUAUUCGUGGACGACCAUCGAGUGGGAGUUGGUGCAGUGGGGCGUGCUCUUCCACGCCCUCGGCCGCGGCCUCCCGACACUGCUACUCCUCGGUGCGCUCAAGUACUCGGUGCUCGUCCGGUCGCUCUCGUUCCUCUUCGAUCGGGACGUGCCAGUGGAUGCCGAAAUGAAGGCGAUUGGUGGUGCCAACAUUGUGAGCGGCGUGCUUGGCUGCACGGGCGGCUGCCACUACAUCUCGGCCAUGGGCCUCCUCGGCACAUUCAAAGCGCACCCGCGGAUCCCCGUGCUGCUCUGCGCAGGUCUCUUGCUCUUGUUGUGGGUCGUCGGGCUCGGGUCGCUCGUCUAUGUGCCAAAGUUUGUGUUUGGCGGGCUCUUGCUCCACAUUGGCGUUCAUUUUUUACUCAAGUACCUCGUGACGCCUCUGCGGUCGCUGCCCGGCAUGGAAGGCGGCGUCGUCCUUGCGGUCUUCCUCACGUUUCUAUCGGUCGGGACGCUUCAGAGCGUCGGCGUCGGCCUCGUGCUCUCGAGCAUCCACCUUGUCUUCCAGCUCAACGCGGUCGGUUGCGUGCGCUCGUACCACUUUGCAUCACCGAACGGGUUUGCGAUCCACCUCCAGGGGUACCUCUGCUUUGCGACUUCCAAGUACCUCGUGCACAAGAUCGAGAAGCUGUGGCGCACCCACCAUUUCAGCGUCUUGCACCUCGACUUUGAACAUGUGCUCGCGGUCGACAAUUCGUUCUUGCGCUCGUUUCGCCAAGUCGAAGCGUUUGCAGCCCGGCGCGAUCUGCGCAUCCAGCUCAACCGCAUGCCGGAAGCGCUCGCUCCGCUCUUCCCGACGCCCAUGUCGCACAAGAGCUCUGGCGACGUCGCGGCCAAACGGUCGCUCUGGCUCAAGCUCCUUCUGACGCGCGAGGUUGACGUCAUGGGCCGGCUCGUCGACGCCUACCGCCUCGAGCGCGCAAUUGAUUUUCUGGAGCUCCGGCUCCUCACCAAGGGCAGUCCUUUUGCUCCCGGUCUUGGCCGCUGGUGGUUUCUCUGCGCUGGCAACGGGGCGAUCGGCGACGUCUCUGUCGGCGCCGGCACCGUCCUCGACGGCACGCGGAUGCGGUCGCCGUUUGUCGCGUCGGCUACGUGCACGGUGCUGCAUCUGAGCACCGACGCAUGGCACGCGCUGCAUGCGCAGUCGCCCGAGCUUGCGAUAGGUGUCCUCGAGGCUGUCCAUGUACUCAGCGAGGAUCAUCGGCUCGCGUAAGCGACUGCCUCCACGAGGACGAUGCCCUGUCGUGACGUAAUAUCUGCACUACUUGAUACCUUGAAAGUUAUGACUCGACAAAAUACAUGGACAAGACGGAAUGGAGAAUGUAUGACGAAGA